AUGCUCUCCGCCGCUCGUAUCGUCAUGUUUACAUCGUCAACUCUUCUAUUCCAUCUCUUGUUUUCAUAUUCCUCCCCCUUCUCCUUCUUCCUUUUCUUUCUCACACUUCCUUUUUCAUUCUGCACACCCAAAGCAUUUCUGAGAAUUGAUGUCUGAUAAAAUGAAAGCUUCCUAUAAAGCGGGGGAGCCGUUCUCGGAUUGAUGAAUUCUUCAUCUCAACAGCACCUCCCACUUUUUUUGGUUUUCUGCUUCAAGAGGACAUUGCAGCUUCGUGGCACCUUUCUUCUUCUUCUUCUCUUUCUUCCCCCUCCUUCCUUUCCAUUCAUCCGCGUUUUCGCCUUCAACGCAAUCCAAUUAGUUCCCCUUUCCAUAUAUUCGUGCCGAAACCAGUCUCUUAUCACCCGUUUUGCUUGCCUUCUUUUCUCUGUCACCCCGUCCUGAUAUAAUUAUUAUCUCAAAUUUUCACUUUUCCGUAAAUCCGUUCCCCGCCGCCCUCAAUUCAAUCCUAAUCAAUCCUGAAUUCGGAAUAAUCUCAGAAAAGAAGACGUCGCCCGGCCAACAACAAGUGGGCGGUGCAUGCGUGUGCGCCGCUGAUAACGCCAAGGAAACAGUGUGCGAGGCGGUGAGUCGCAGACAUCAGAUCGCAUUUCAGGUCACUGUCCGGACGGCGCCGCGCGGAAUCCGUCGCUCUUAUUGUUGCGGUUAUGCAAUGAUAGGCCGCGUGGGCACGCACUUGUUGUUAUCGACACCCCGGCCCACACUUUCGAAUCAAGUAAUAAUUGUUUGCAGCAGCCGCCGAUCCAUUCGAUCCCAUCCGUGAUGACGACGGCUUCCGAGCUGCUGUCCGACGACGCGAGAGCCCGUUUCUCGCACACAAAGGCGCUUUUUGAGCAGCUCGAGCGGCAGCAAGAUGUGAGUCUGUUUUCUGUUUGUGCCCAUCCUCAGUCAGCCUUCCUUUCUGCCAGUCUUGCAAAUUUUCCUGCUCAGAUAUUUAUGCGGUUUUAUUUGGUGACGAAUUUCUCUUUUUUCCGUGAACAUUCCAUAAACCCGUCCGUAAACGACCCGAAAGGAAUCUUACUAGUUUAUUUUUGUUUGAGCAAAAGAACAUAUUAUAUUUCUGCGCUUCUUGAAUGCCAUUCAAGUAUCAAAUGGUAGGCAGGGCUUUUCUAAGAUAUGCGAUCGAACACAGACUCUGCAGACUUCAUAAGAUUGGAUUGAAGUUUCGGCCCGAUCGGAUUAACUGGUCUGGAAAUGUGUGAAUUCGAGGUCGAGAAUCCCAAAAACCGAUCGGUCUGAAACUUCGACCCAAGUUACUUGAAUCCAAGACCAAGACUUCCACCCCAUCCACCAUAAUCCGUGCACCGUCCACCGAUUGCAGGUUCCCUCUUUCUACUCGCCCCGUCUCCAACGUCAACCGCCGCCGCCACUGCCUCCGAAACCGCCAUCCCAAUGUCCGCCGAGUCCGAUGUCGCAGGUAACAAACGAGCGGCGACCACAUGACUCUUCUUCUCUCCCCAUCCCUUCACACCCCCGCUAUUUCGCGUCUUUCACAUUUCAAUGUUUCUGUUCGCCUAAUCCGCUCAUCGAUAAUAGAUUCAUGAAACUCACUCGCACGCCACUGACUCCUUUUCCCAUUCCUCCGCCACUCUCCCCGUAACGACGAGUCUGCAGGUCGAACGGAACUUCUCCGAGCUCGCCGCUGAUCUCGACCGUAUCCAGUCGUCUCCAGCCACCUCCAGGUUUAUCCAGCAAAAGUGAGUCGGCUUUUUCGAUAGCAUUUUUCGACAGCUUACUUUUCAUUUCAUUUUUCAUCCACUAACAUCUUCUUCUUCUUCUUCUUCUUCGCUUCGCAUGCGGUUUCCUCUUCAGAUCCGCCACUCUUCCGCCGCCGUCCUCUUAUUCCGAAUCGCCGUAUUCGUUCGAGAAUACGGUGGCCACAUCGCAAUACGGACUUCACAGCAACAACAACAACAACUCGUUUGAGCCCUAUUGGCGGAAUGGAUCCAUCUAUCGGAGACAGUUCGAGAAACCGUAUGUACUUCUUCUCAUUCUCAAGCAUGCGUCUACUUCUGUUUCUCUUCAGUUCACUAACCUGAAUAAAAUAUCAAAGAGGAAUGGUUGGACUCUGAAUGCUCUGUUCAACUUUGAGAGAAAUCGACAGCAAAGCAUUCCGAAUUCCAGUCUUCCUCUCUUUCUCUUUUCCAAAACAUACUCAUCUCAAUGAUCAAUUUCAGUUUCGGCGACGACAGCGAUGGCAGCAACGGCUCCGCGAACGGAGUGAAGCACACGACGUACGCCGUCGUCAAGACCCCACGAGAAACAGAAAUCGAGGCGUCGUCCGAGGGUCGGGGAUUGAUGGAAACGAGAAGAGGACUGAGUCCCGAACGGCCCGACGCGGAUCUCGCCAACCGAAAGGUCUCGUUCAGCACCGCACCCAUUCCGGUAAGACACCACCCAUCACGUACUUACAGUAACCCACCGCAAACGGCUUUCUAACCAACAACGGCGAAAUGUAUUUAUGUGUGUUUGAAUGUUUGUUCGCAAAGUGACAAUAAUAAGUACAAUCCGGAAUUAGGUCACUGCCGUUCGAAGAUAUGAUAAGAGGAGAAGGGGAGAAGAGAGCGCGGUGUCGAUGACAUUUCCAAUUUGCAUAAUAUCUCCGCACUCAUCAUAUCCGUUUUCAGGUGUUCUCCGCGUUCUCCGUCGAAGACUACGACCGCAAGAAUGAGGACAUUGAUCCGGUGGCGAGUUGUGCCGAGUACGAACUGGAGAGAAGGCUCGAGAGAAUGGACCUGUUUGAGGUGGAUUUGGAGAAAGGAGCCGAGGGCCUCGGCGUCUCUAUAAUUGGUUUGUGCUCUCCUUCCGACAAUCCCAAACUACCGUAACUGUUUCCUUUCAGGCAUGGGCGUCGGAGCUGACUCAGGGCUCGAGAAGCUCGGAAUCUUCGUGAAGAGCAUCACUCCGGGAGGAGCUGUCCAUCGGGACGGACGCAUCCGAGUGUGCGAUCAGAUCGUGUCGGUCGACGGGAAAAGCCUGGUCGGAGUGUCCCAGUUGUACGCAGCGAACACUCUCCGAUCUACGAGCAAUCGGGUCACUUUCACAAUCGGCCGUGAGCCGAAUCUAGAGGAAUCCGAAGUGGCACAGCUAAUUCAGCAGAGCCUCGAGCAGGAUCGGAUGAGAAUGCUCGGCGACGACGAGGACGACAUCGAGGAGCCGCCUCCGCCGCCGUCGCAGAUGCCUCAGAUGACGUCAUCGUCGCUCUCCUCUUCCGAAUCCGAUCGGCCGACGACGUCGAUGAUCUCGAAAGAGGAGGCGGAAAUCCGAUCAAAGAUUGCCGCACUCGAAAUGGAGCUGGACGUGACACACAAAAAAGCGGAGCACUAUCACGAGGUGCUCAGCUCCACGAAAUCGCAUUGCGACCAGUUGGAAAAGCAGAACGAGCAGGCAAAUCACAUGAUCAAAAGCUAUCAGGAAAGGGAGAAGGAGCUGUUGAACAGAGAAGAGAACCACGUGGAACAGCUGAGGGACAAGGACAUCCGCUACACGUCACUGGUGCAGCAGUUGAAAGAGCGAAUCGACGAGCUGGAGAAGAAGCUGGACGAGGCGGAAGAGAGGCGGCAUUCCAUCCAGAACCUGGAGCUCAUCGAGUUGAGAGAGAAGCUCAAGGAGAAAAUAGAGAAGCGAGACGAGGGGUUGGCCUACAAACCGGGAGGAGAACUGCCGCACGAGGACAAGGCGGUCAUGGCCAAUCUGGAGACUGUGGCCGUCAGUUUCGACGCCUCGCUCGUCCGACCUCAUCUGAAUUCUUUGCAGACGCCGACGAACAAGAAGGACGCGGAAGUGUCGGUGGGCAGCAGCUGGACGGAAGAGUACUCUUCGCCGUGCGAGUCCCCGGUCCCCCGCAUCUCGGAGCCCGCGUCGCCGGCUCUUCCCCACAAGCUCUCUCACCGAAAACUGCUGUUCCCGCUGCGCAAAAAGUACGCGGAGAACGAUUUGUGGCGUGCCACGUGUCAACCAGUCGGACUGCAAGCCCUUCACUGGACCGUCGACGACGUGUGCCAACUGCUCGUCUCGAUGGGACUCGACAAGUACGUGCCGGAAUUCACGAUCAACAAGGUGAAUGGCGCCAAGUUCCUCGAGUUGGACGGAAGUAAAUUGAAGGUAAGAAAGUGAAAAAGGCGCUCCAUCGCUAAUUUAUGCGAUUUUCAGACGAUGGGAAUCCAGAAUCACUCGGACCGUUCUCUGAUCAAAAAGAAGGUGAAAGGGAUGAAGAAUAAGAUCGAGAGAGAGCGGAAGCAGCUGGAACGGGAGAGCCGAACACGAGUGAUCGCCCACACGAUUCCCAUGUGA